AUGCAUCUCGGCGAGGCCAUCGGCACGGCGUGCGGCGCCUUUGCUGCCACCAACAUUGACGACAUAUUCGUCCUCGUCACCUUCUUUGCCGAGUCGGCCACUAGCAAGCGCAUGUCGCCCCUCAACAUCAUUAUUGGCCAGUAUGUCGGAUUUACAGCCAUCACUAUCAUCAGUAUGAUUGGCUUCGGCAUUUCUCUUGCCCUGCCCUCGGAACCAAUAGGCUUUUUGGGCUUUUUGCCCAUGCUGCUCGGCUUCUGGGCCCUUUUCGGCGUGCUUCUGUCAUGCGCUGGCGACGACCAUGAGCAAGAGGACGAGCAUUUUCGAAUGACCAACGCGACGCGCAUCAAAGUCAUCAUAAAAGUUGCCACGAUUACCCUCAUCAACGGUGGCGACAACAUUGGCACAUAUAUUCCGCUCUUCUCACAGACCCAUGGUGCUGAAAUCGCAGUCUACGUCGUUGUAUUCUACAUAGGCGUUGGCGUGUGGUGCUUGGCAGCUUGGCUCAUUAUGAAGCAAAAGCACAUUCUGAUGGUGGCGCAAAAAUACGCAGAAAAGUUUAUUCCUUUUUUAUACAUGGGCUUGGGCGUCUUCGUCAUUGUCAAAUCACACUGCUAUCCAUGGUCGAUAGACCACAUCAACCGAAAACUACCCUCGCAUCCCGGCCGAUUGAUACUCGCCCUCUGCACGACGGCGUUUCUGCUGAUAUCCAUUGGUAUCAUGUUUGCCAUCAAGUGGUCGAGAAGGCAAGAGGGGUCCGCUGCAGAGGCUGUCGCAGAAACGGGCGGCGACGCUACAGAACUGCCAGAGGUUGGCCCCCAGCCGUCGAUAGAAAGAACACAGGCUGGUGAUGAGUCCAGUCCGGCAUCUGAAAAGCCAAUUACGCCAAAUAAGUCACUGACCACUACAACCCUGAUAGAAGACGACAGAAAACGAGCACCACCUUAG